CAUUUCACAUCGUUUAAGUUUAUUUUUAUUUUUAUUCAGGUUUACUGAAGGAAUAUCAAAAACAUAACAUAUAAUCAGAUUUCCGUUUAGUUUAUGUUAAGAAUAACUUAUGGAUUGAAAAAUAUGCGACGGACUAGCUAAUAAUAGGACACUUUUUUAAUUUGAUAUAUCUCGUUGCGGAUGUGUAGAGACGCAACUAAAAAUAAUGUUACCGAUGUUGAGUAUAAAUUUAGCGGCACAGGUAUUUAAGCCAACUGUAAGCUGAAUAAUAUAAUAAUUCGCUCAGUGGUCGAGCGAUAAGUUCGCAACAGUAAAAUACACAUUCCAAAAAAAACUAUAUUUGAUCGCUAUUAUAUGUUGUAGAAGUUUUGUAAUUUCGUUUAAAAAGCAGAUUAAUAGUAUACAGAUAUGAAGAACGAUUUUAAAUUUUCGGAUACAUCUGUAAAAGCUGGAGAUCUUUUAUUAAAUGAAAAUCCAUUUGUUUAUGUUCUUUCUUCUAAAGAAAAAGGAUUAAGAUGUGAUAAUUGCUUACAAAAGUUAAAGGUGCUCAAGUGUUCGGGAUGCCAGUUUGUACAUUACUGUGGACGAGUGUGUCAAAAGGAAGCUUGGAGUGGACAUAAGUGGGAAUGCGCUAACUUGAAAAGAGUAGCACCAAAGAUAAUACCUGAUGCUGCUCGUAUGCUGGCCAAGAUUGUGAACAGGCUAAGCCGUGGAGAUGGCCACACAUAUCGGGCUUACUAUACAAAGACAUCGUUUCGAAUGUGGAAGGAUCUUAUGUCGCAUUACCCAGAUUUGAAACAAGAUAAGAAGCGAAUGGACCAUUUUACGUCACUAUGCAUGGUUCUGUUUGAGUUCCUCAGAGAUAUAUCUCUGCCUAACACUGUUGAGUUAAUGGGGAUGUAUGGUAGAAUGGUAAUUAAUAGUUUUACAAUAUUGGACAUAGAUAUGAAUUCUAUUGGGACUGGUAUAUAUUUGGCGUCCUCUAUUGUGGACCACAGCUGUGGUCCUAACGCCGUGGCCACUUUUGACGGCAAGACCAUUAAUAUCAGAGCCAUUCAGGAUAUGCCCAGCUUGGAUUGGAACCAGAUACGUAUAUCGUACAUAGAUUUGCUGAAAACACCACGAGAACGUCAAACAGAACUUCUCGAGAACUACUACUUCUUGUGCGAAUGUGACAGGUGUAUUGGUGAUAUACAAACAAAAAUAAUACACGCAGCUAAAUGUCCAAAUACGAAAUGUGACAACCCUAUCAAAAUACCUUGGAAAAAUUGUGAAUUGGUUAAAAAAUCAAUGGACCAUAGUAAAAAUAAUGGAAUAGAGAAUGGAGAUAGCAAUAAGAGUGAGAUAAAAGAUUCAGAAUGCAGCGGUGGGAGUGAGAUAGAUGAGAUAGAAUGCAGCGCGUGCGGAUCGAAAUGCACAGAUAAAUAUAUAGAAGUUUAUAAAAAGGCUAUGGAAUUUACGGAAAUGCAUUUGCAAAAAAUGAAAGGUUCUUCGGUUGCAUAUGUGGAUGUAUGUAAGUUUUGUUUGGAGAAGCAAGAAGGUGUUCUUCAUCCACUAAAUGUGCUCCACGCACAGACUCUUGACCACGCGUUUGAUGCACUCAUACAAGUACAGUUAUGGGAGAUAGCUUCUAUUUAUGCUGAAAAACUUGUACAUUGUUUUAAAUUUUAUUAUGGCGAAAGACAUCCGUUACUGGGUUUGUUACAUUUGAAAUACGGCAAAAUAUUGCUGUACAAAAUGGAUCUGCGAAAAGCCUUAGAACAACUGAAAUUAGCGGAGAAAAUACUGAAAAUCACACACGGCGACCGACAUCCGCUGUACAAAGAACAGUUACUGCCAUUGCUAAGUCAAGCUAUGAUCGAAUGUUAGAGAAUUUAUCGUAGUUUGGUAAUGUCAAUUAUUUUCAAACAUACGUAUCAGAUAUUGUUGUGUAAUAAAGACAAAUAAAUCAUAAGACUUUUUUU